GACACUCACGACUAUCUCUGUCGCUCUCCUCUGUACGAUGUUAUACUGUGCAUACGAUGCGGCCCGUAUCUCUCCCGUCCGUCUAUCACUUUGUGUUGGGAGCUACUGAUGCCGCUGCUGCAUCGCUCCUGUAUUAGUGCGACUGCUGCUGCUGCCUAUUGUUUUCACGCCACGGUUGGGGAGGUUAUGGUUGGGUCUUGAAACUGCUCCUACCUCAACUGUACUUGCAUCGAGCUCUCCCAUUGGUCGAGUCAAGCGGAUCGACGCCUACUACCUGUACACACGCAGUUUUGUCGUUUUCUUAUAAUUUGUUGUUUACACUUCUUUAGAAUAUAACUAUCGCCAAGUUCAAGUUUAUAUUUAUUAAACUUUAUAUGUUGAAACAUAAUAAUCCUUCGAAUUCGAAUCACGCAGUUGAAAGUAUUUGGACAAAUUUCACAGUUCACUAUCUGGCCGAUGGCUACCUAGGUAGCGCUGCGUUGUUUGAUAGUUGAUCGGAUCAGAGCUGUGCCGAGCUCAUUCAGCUUGUGUCUGGCUUGUUCGACGGUGCUAUAGUGUAGUGUUUGUGUUUAACACUCAGCCGAAUACUACGUUUGACAUUUUGGAGUUUGGAGUUAAAAUUUUAUCUCGACUAUAUUCAUUUGUUGAAUAUUCUAUGAGAAAGCACAAUGCCGAAGUAUUAUUGUGAUUACUGUGACACGUAUCUCACACAUGACUCUCCAAGCGUAAGGAAAACGCAUUGCCAAGGACGUAAACACAAGGACAAUGUUAAAUAUUUUUAUCAGAAAUGGAUGGAAGAACAAGCUCAGCACUUGAUUGACGCAACGACGGCUGCAUUCAAAGCCGGCAAAAUAGCUUCGAAUCCAUUUGCUCCGAAUAAGGGUGCUGCUAUUCCGCCACCGCCAAGCCUAGGCCCACGUCCAGGUGUGCCGCCUCCAAACCAAGGACCACCAGGUAUGAUGCCACCUCCUGGAAUGCAUCCAGGUGGUCCUAUGGGUCCCGGUGGGCCAAUGAUGAUGGGACCACAUGGACCGAUGCCUCCAAUGAUGGGUGUGCGUCCACCAAUGAUGGGACCAAUGGGACCUAUGCUUGGACCAAUGGGUCCUAUGGGCCCAAUGGGUCCUAUGAGACCUCCAGGACCUCCACCGCAAGUUAUGACAGGUCCACAAUCGAUAAAAAAAUAAAAACUUAAGUGUUUAAUUUUAUAAAAAUUAAGUGAAAAUUUGAAAUACUUUAUGUUUAAGUGUGUAAAUAAAUUUUGUAUUGUGUAGGUAUUUUCAAGUGCUUUGAAAAUAAAAACCAUUUAACAAUUUAAA